UAUUGAGAAAACCCUCAGGAGGAGGAACCAACAUUUUUUCAUUUACCCUUAUCAUCACUUCCUUACCAGCGCCAAAGCAAACACGCGCUCCUGAAGGUGUAUGAAACACUUAUCGAGAAACGGGUUCAAUGUUUCGGAUGAAAACGCAGCCUUAGAUUCGCUGGAAAGCUGUCAUUUCGGUUUAUUAGACCGUAGUAGACGAACGAUUCAUGAAAUCCAAACUAAGUGCGCACACAUUUCUAAAAUCUGCAGUCAUCAUCACUUUGAAGAAUAAUAAAUAGGCAUCCACAGUGAGUAAAGACGUAUCGUGCUUUGAGUUUGACUAUUGAACGUUCCAGUUUCAUCUGUAGAAACGUUUUGCUAUAGAGAUUUGAACACGCUAAGCCAUAUGGAGAGAGAACAGUGUUGAACAACUACCGGAUUUUUUUCUCGACCUAAAUCAUGGAAAGCUGAUGGCGAGGACCUUGAGUGACUGUGUCUUACCAGGGAAGAAAACACUCUCUCCACAGAGUCAAGUGUCAACAGUGAAGACCUUUACAACAUCUAUUUUCCUUUGAAGAAACAACAGGGGCCUCAUUUAUCAACCGGCCUCUAAGACUCCAUAUCAAACUCUUACUUUAUCUGCAAAUCAGCUGAUCUGAGAGCUGUCAUGUCGGCGUACGGACAGCCCCAGUACAGCCCCGGCCUCCAGCCUGCGGGACCCUACCCACCAUACACUCACCAUGCCCAGGGUUAUGGCAUGCCCUCCUACAACAUUAAGACAGAGGAUGGCCUUAGCCUCUCUCCAGGACAGAACAGUCUCCUGAACUACUCAAACUACAGCAGCACUCCCCCCAGCCAGGCUCUCUAUGGCUACUCUACACACGGUAACAGUAUUGCAUCUGGGAUUUUCCAGGGAGCCAACCCCAUCACAGGCUCAACUCCCUUCAACACCACACAACAGGACUUCUCAGGGUACUACAACAAGUGUUUAAAUGUGAUCAUGUUCCCUCUGUCAGGACUUCUCAGGGUACGACAACAAGUGUUUAAAUGUGAUCAUGUUCCCUCCAUCAGGACUUCUCAGGGACUUCUCAGGGACUUCUCAGGGUACUACAACAAGUGUUUAAAUGUGAUCAUGUUCCCUCCGUCAGGACUUCUCAGGGACUUCUCCAGGGACCUACUCCAACAUUGUAUUACUCAUCACUACAACAGCCCGUACCUCAGCCCUAGUGCCAUCACCACGUCCAUACCUUAUCAGCAUCCAGAACACCCCGCUGUGGUGCCCAAUCACAGCCCAGAGUCUCAAACAGGAGAGUACCACCCCCCCCCUAGCCCCCCCACCCCAGGGAAAGAGCCGGAGGCGGUGCCAGCCAGACGGAGCUCAGACGGGAAACUGAGGGGCAGGAAAAGAGUCAGUGACCCACAGCCCCCCCUGGACUCAGAUAUAGAGCGUGUGUUUGUGUGGGACCUUGACGAGACCAUCAUCAUUUUCCACUCUUUGCUCACAGGGAGCUUCUCCACCCGAUUUGGCAAGGACUCAUCCAAGGCAGUGUCGCUGGGCCUGUGGAUGGAAGAGAUGAUCUUUAACCUGGCCGACUCACGACUAUUCUUCAACGACCUGGAGGAAUGUGACCAAGUUCAUAUUGAUGACGUGGCGUCAGACGACAAUGGGCAGGACCUGAGCACGUAUAAUUUUGUCACCGACGGUUUCCAGAGCCCUGCGGGGGCCGGUACUCUGUGCCUGGGCUCAGGUGUCCACGGUGGGGCUGACUGGAUGAGGAAACUGGCCUUUCGCUACCGGAGGGUGAAGGAGAUCUACAACACUUUUAAGAACAACGUGGGAGGUUUGCUGGGCAGUCCCAAGCGGGAGGAGUGGCUGCAGCUGCGGAGGGAGAUGGAGGUUCUAACAGAUCUGUGGCUGACUCAGGCUCUCAAGGCCUUGGCCCUCAUAAACUCCAGACCAAACUGUGUGAAUGUGCUGGUGACUACCACCCAGCUGAUCCCAGCCCUGUCCAAGGUCCUGCUCUACGGACUGGGCUCAGCUUUCCCUAUAGAGAAUAUCUACAGUGCCACCAAGACAGGGAAGGAGAGUUGCUUCGAGCGUGUGGCUCAGAGGUUUGGUCGGCGAGCGGUGUAUGUGGUAAUAGGGGAUGGAGUGGAGGAGGAGUCUGUAGCCAAGAAGAAGAACAUGCCCUUCUGGAGAGUGUCGUGUCGGCCUGACCUGGAGGCUCUGAGUCAUGCACUGGAGCUGGACUACCUCUAGUGGGCACUAUCCCAUCAUGCCCUUAGCCACUUCCUGCCUGGUGAUGCCACUUCCUGUCCAAUGGACCAAUUUGGGGUUGAGGGCGGCAUCAAUUCACCACAAUACAGAAGCCAAGAAUAAGGGACCAAUCUUUGUAUCUUGCAGGGAAUCGCAAUUGUUACUGGAAAUAUUAUAUGUGCUUUCAUCCUUUUACACAGAGACUUUUACAUAUGAAAGGUAUCCCACUUUUCAACUUUAGAGCGUUGCACUGAAAAUAACAAUCUAGGUGAUAUAAGUGCAUUUUUCCUUACAUGGAGGAUGAAUAGUUGUGUUGUGUGCUCACUUUUCUUAUUAGGAAUGGGAUAGAUAAGAGGACAUUGUUAAAGGGCAAUUAGGCCACUCUUUAACCUCAUUUCCAUUAUCUCCAGCACCAUACCAGAGUCUAGAUAUGUGAAAACGUAUUUUUUUAAUGAUCUGUGGUUGAAAGUUAAGAAGAAAGGUCCUAAAAAAAUAUUAUCUGUAGCAUCUCAGGCGAGGAUUAAAAGUAAAAAAAACAGUGAUUCUCUAAACCUGCAAAGAGUUUCUAGCCAGAGGGAGGGUAUUUUCUCCCCAUGUCACUGCGAAUCUCACAGUGUUUGAAAAUCACUGAUUUUAAUUAUGUUGAAACUUUUGAUGAUGUCAUCGGGUAGAACUUGAUUUGUUUUUACAAAAUGUAGAAAUGCACUGUUUUCACAUACAGUAUGUAGACACUGAUAUUGUGCUGGACAUUUUUAUUGUCCCAUCAUCAGGUGCACCUGUGUAAUGAUCAUGCUGUUUAAUCAGCUUAUUGAUUUGUCACACCUGUCAGAUGGAUGGAUUAUCUUGACAAAGGUGAAAUGCUCAUGAAUUUGAAAGAGAGAAACUUUUUGUGAGCAUCGAACAUUUCUGUGAUUUUUUAUUUCAGCUCAUGAAACAUGGGAACAACACUUUACAUGUUGCAUUUAUAUUUUUAUUCAGUAUAAAAUGAGGGUUAUGAAUGAGGAUUGGACAUUACCAGCAAGUUAUUAGAGAUAGCUAGAUCCUACCUUGACUCAAUUGUUUCACAUGGCUUUUUUGGUAGAAUGUUAAUUUAUAGUAUAACUAUGGCCCCAAUAGUAGAUCUGUCUCAUUAGCAGGUUAUUGAUGAAUUAAUAGUCUAAUAUUAUGAGCUGAGACCUAAAAAAGUAAUAAUGGGAAAAGAUUUGAGCAAAACUUACCAGCGACAAUUAUCAUUUUUUGAUGAGAUAGCAUCUCCUUUCCUAACAUCACCAUAACAUUUAAUGCAUAGUCCAUUGCCCUAUGAUAUGUGUCAUUAAUCAUUUAAUUUAAUAUCCUAUUCAUUUGCAACAACCAUUCUUAUGCAGUCUAUAUAAACCGGACCAUAUACUCCCAACCCUACUGAAGGUGCCAUACCUCUUCUGGAUGAUGACAUUUUAAUCUAAUAUACCAAAAAAUGAGAAGUCAAUUAUCUUAUCCAUUCCGUUCCCUUUUAUGAAAAUGAAAUAUAAAUUGGUAAGAGCAGCUAGGCCAAGAUGUUCAGACAGACAGAGACCAACAGCAUUACUAAAACUAACAACAUCUUAAUUAAUGAGUAUGGAAACGAAGCAAUCCUUUGACAAAGCACAGGAAAAAUCAACUACCUUGUGAAACGUCUCUUUCAGCAUAUACAUUUGUCUUGGAGAGGACUUAGUCUAGCGAUUUAAUCUUUUUAUUAAGGAACACAUUUUCUGCUUCAUAAGUUGCUGGGUGUACAUUUGUUGUCAUCUUUCUCCAUGAAUGUUUAUGUAUAACCCGUAUGUAAGGAAAAUGCUACAAUAGUCUUUGGACUUGCAUGUGCCUAUUACACUGUCAGCUUAGCUAUGAUCUGUAUAUAAGGUUUUAUUGUUUCGACGGACAAUUAUAAUAGAUUAAUAAAGAUAAAUUAAUUACA